UUGAAACACGAUUGACAGCCAAGGAGCGGUAAUAGACUUUUAAUCUGAAAUCAUACGAACAAAAUACUGAAGCUGCAUGUUGUUUGUCCUGAAAUUUCACAUUUCACACAGUUCGUUUUUUGGAUAAGCGGUUCUCUAUGCCUUUUGAUUAUAACUGUUGCCAACGGUUGUUGCGCUCUCGACGGGAUCCUCUAUCAUUGCCAUGACAGAUAGAUCAGCCAUGUCGGAGCGGGACACUCAUUUGAUGGAGAAAGAGAUUUGUUCUGAUUCGGAAGCUGCUGACUGUCUGGAAGAAGCUUUUGUCUUCGGAGAGGAUCUGGAACUGAACCAAUUUGACGGAUUGCCCUUCUCCUCUCGCUAUUAUAAACUACUACAAGAGAGAAAGAUUCUACCCGUUUGGAAAGCUAGAGGGGAAUUUUUGAAUAUCCUGGUGAACAAUCAACUUGUUAUAGUAUCCGGUACAACAAAAACUGGGAUGAGUACACAGAUCCCCCAGUGGUGUGCAGAGUUCUGCCUGUCGGCCCAGUACCAGCAUGGCAUGGCAGUGUGUACCCAGAUCCACACACAGCAGACAGUAGACCUGGCCCUCAGGGUGGCUGAUGAGAUGGACGUCAACAUUGGACAUGAAGUGGGCUACACCAUCCCUGGAGACAUGUGCUCCACUGACACUGUGCUCAGGUUCUGUACGGAUACCCUGCUGCUGAGGGAGAUGAUGUCUGACCCCAUGUUGGAGCACUACGGGGCCAUCGUCAUCGACCAGGCUCACGAGAGGACCGUCAGCACAGACGUACUGCUGGGACUGCUCCGGGACAUCCUGGUCCACAGACCAGACCUGAGGGCGGUGAUCCUGACGGUGUCCUCCAUGACAGGCAGGCUCCUGGCCCACUAUGGUAGUAACGUCCCGGUGGUCAGUCUGGAAGCCCUCUGUCCAGCUGAGGUCAUCUACAGGACCUGCAGUAGUAAGGACUAUUUCUACUCUGCUCUAAGAAUGGUCCUGGAGAUCCACCGCACCGAGGAGGAAGGAGAUGUAGCGUUGUUCUUGGCCUCAGCUCAGGAGAUCGUCUGUGCCCGUGCUAUCCUCCAGAGAGAAGGUACCAGACUGGGGGCAGACCUGGGGAAGCUGGUGCCCGUGGUCUUGUGCCCUGGGCAGGGUGGGCAGGGCCAGGCAUCCCCUCUCCUGGGAGAGGGGAUGGGGGGUAGGGGAACAGUUAGGACCAGGGGCCGGAUGGUAUUCCUCUCCACCCGUCAGGGAGAGGACAUGUUCUGGAAUGUGGACCCCGUUAACUUUGUCAUCGACGCAGGAGUGGAGAAAAGAUGUGUGUAUAAUCCCAGGAUAAGGGCCAACUCUGAAGUACUACGAUCCAUCAGCAGAUCCCAGGCAGACAUCAGGAAGCAGCUGACUGGACCAACAGGGAAGUGUUUCUGCCUGUACCCUGAGGAUCGAGUACUCCCCGUAGAGACAUCCCCUCAGAUCCUGGAGACAAACCUCACCUCCACCAUCCUCUUCCUCAAGAGGAUGGAGAUCGCAGGGCUGGGACACUGUGACUUCAUCACCAGACCAGAUCCUGAGGGUCUGAUGCAGGCACUAGAGGAACUGGAUUACCUUGCGGCAUUGGACGACGAUGGGAACCUAUCAGAGAUCGGGAUCAUUAUCUCUGAGUUGCCAUUGGACGCUCAGAUGGCCAAGGCUCUGCUGGCGUCCUGUGAGUUUGAUUGUGUGAGCGAGGUGGUGACCAUCGCAGCUAUGCUGUCAGCGCCAAGCUGCUUCCUGGAGCCACCUGUUGGCAGGGCCCAAGAGGCACAACAGUGUCACAGAAAGUUCCAGCACCCUGAGGGAGACCACUUCACCCUCAUCAACAUCUACAAUGCCUUCAAGUACAGCCAGAGAGAGACAUACUUCAGUGUAGAGAAGUGGUGUCAGGACUGCCACCUAAACCACAGUGCCCUUCAGACGGCAGACUCCAUCAGGUCAGAGCUGACUGACAUCCUGAAGAGAAUAGAGCUGCCAAUCUCUGAGACGUCCUUCGGGACCAAGACCAACACACUCAACGUCAAGAGAGCUCUGCUGGCAGGGUUCUUCAUGCAGAUUGCCCGUGAUGUGGAUGGUUCAGGAAACUACUUCAUGUUGACACACAGGCACAUGGCUCAGGUCCACCCCGCCUCCAGCUAUGGGUCCAAGGCACAUCAAUUGGGUUUGCCAGAGUGGGUGCUGUUCCACGAGUAUACUCUCUCAGAAAACAACUGGAUCCGGACAGUCUCUGAAAUCUCCCCUGCAGUGUUCAUUCAGACGGCCCCACAGUAUUUCUUUUACAACCUGCCUCCUAGUGAGAGUAAAGACAUACUACAGCACAUCCUAGACGGGGACGGAUCUGGACAUAGUGAAGACAAGAAACGGACCCUGACAAUCAACAGUAAAGUGGAUAAGGACUGCAGUACACUGGCUCAGUCUUAUGACAGAUGUGUGCUACAGUGACCUCUGGUGGAGACCUUUUAGCACUGCACUAACCCUUUCUGAAAUACAAAUCAUAGCGGAUUAGAUCAGUGCUUUUCAAACCCCUUCUCGGGGGACCCCCAGACGUUGUAGUAGUAGCUCUGAACCAUCUCACCUGAUUGACCUCGUGAAGGGCUUGAUGAUUAGAUGACAGGUUGAAUGAGGUGUGUUAGCUGUGGAAUAGUUAAAUACAUGGAACAGUUGGGGGUCCAGAGAAGAGGUUGGAGAACCCCUGUGUUAGAUCAACUGCCAAAUGACUGACUUGCUGUACAGUAUUCUUCAUAAUUCCGUCAAGUGGUAACUGCCUUUUGUAAUUUGAUAUAUUACAUUACAGUAAAUAAGUUAGUGCACCAAUAAAUGAAUCCAGA